AUCAUCCUCACCUGACAGAGCAGAAGUGGAACUAAUACGCGGAAUACGGGAACUGUUGACAGUGGUGGCCCCAAUUCAGCGGUUUCAUCAUCAUUCACCAGUUUACUUCCGUUUGAUUAUAGUAAAAACUGUUCUCCUUUUUCGCUACUCAUAUUAGCACUAGCAGCACACAUACCCAAGUGUUACCAGACCAGAGUUCAGAUAGUGCUCAUAAAGUGUUUGAAUUUGCAGAAGAAAAGGUGAAACUGAGACGUCGCUCCUGUUUGUGGAAAAGUUUCUGUCCGAGCUAGCUAGCUCUUUAAUUUUUCAGUGGCUGACCUGCACAAAGUGCUGGUGAUAGGAUUUUUCAAUUGGAAAUUUUUUUCCUCACCAUCAAAGGCGACGAGAAAUCUGUCGGUUUCAAGGUGAACGACACAAAUGGGUUCCUCAUAAAACUUCCGUGAGUGUGAGCUGCUUCGGCUCAGCUGAGAAUUUCCAAGAGGAUCUGUGUUUGUUUGCGACGGUCAUUGGCUAUCAGCAUCUUCGUCCAGUUACAUAAACAUCGUGUUUGGACUGCAAGCUCCAAUUGAGGUGCCCGGAAUUUUCGAAAGAAAUCUCUGAUCGGACCACGAAUGAAAUCUACAUCAUAAUCGUAGCAUAGUGUUGAUGAUUUUUCAGUUUGCCUCGGGGUCACGCGAAGGUCUUGUGCUCGGCAAAGAGCUCUGUGUGAUGCAAAGCUGACGAAACGUGUAGAUAAGGUGUUGUUAUCUGAGCCAGUCACAAAAGAAUAUCGUGACGCAGAAGAAGUCGCGCAAAAGUUCGCAGCAGAGCAAAGGUGACUGUUGUCGUUGAUUCCGAGCGCGGCAUUCAUCCAUCACCUUUCCGGCUUACCCAGAAUACAAUGAGUCGGAAACAGGCGUGACGUCAUCCGGUCAUCUGCUCUAUCGAACAUUGGAUACAAAAGGUAUCACAUCGUUUCGGAGGACACUGUGAACCACCUGUGGAAGAAAUAACGACGAUGGAAAGCGGCGAAGCCUUCAUCAAAACUAUCGAGUGGGAUAUGAUGGACAAGAAGAAAUUCUUCCCGCUGUCGAUGCUGAGCUCAUUUUCGGUGCGCUGUGCGUUAUUUCCGUUGACCGUGAUCAAAACACAACUACAGGUCCAAUACAAAAACGACGUGUAUAAGGGGAUGAUCGACGCAGGCAUAAAAAUCUAUCGCAACGAAGGCGUUUCCGGCUUGUAUCGUGGCUUCUGGAUUUCGUCGGUGCAGAUCUUCUCCGGUGUGUUCUACAUUAGCACCUACGAGGGCGUGCGGCAUAUUCUCACUCAGAACGGCGCUAGUCAACAAACGAAAUCUCUGGUGGCGGGUGGAGCGGCCUCGCUGGUUGGUCAAACCAUCAUCGUUCCCUUCGACGUGAUAUCGCAGCACGCGAUGGUGCUCGGAAUGGGCGCGGCUGGUGGUUUGAAAGGAAGCAGUGUGAAUCCUCUGGGGAUCAAUUUCGAGAGGAGUAGCAGGUUACGAAUAACGGUAGACAUUGCCCGCGAGGUGAUGCGCCGGGAUGGAUUCAAGGGUUUCUACCGGGGGUAUGUGGCAAGUUUGAUGGCGUAUGUGCCCAACUCGGCCAUGUGGUGGGCUUUCUACCACCUUUACCAGGACGAAAUGCUGAAGGUAUGCCCGCCUUGGGUGUCACAUCUGUUCAUCCAGUGUGUGGCCGGUAGUUUAGGAGGCUUCACCACCACCGUCAUCACCAACCCUCUGGACAUAGUGCGGGCACGUUUGCAGGUGCAGCGACUAGACUCGAUGCAGAUGGCGUUCCGCGAGCUGUGGCACGAAGAACAUUUCCACAUGUUCUUCAAGGGUCUGACCGCGCGGCUGGUACAAUCGGCAGCGUUCUCAUUUAGCAUUAUCUUAGGCUACGAAACGAUCAAACGAGUGUCGGUGAACGAGCAGUACCGGCAUCUGAUAAAGUGGUGAUUAGGCAGUGGGACCGCUGGAGAAAAGCCGUGUGCAUAGCAUGGAAACGGCAGCAACCCACCGGAAGCAACACACGCGAAACCGAAAUAAAAGAAUUCUGAUGCCAUUGCACAGUGGGAUUCGUUCGUGGAUAUUGUGGUUAAAUUAGUCGAGGCAGCAGAGACUUUAUUAUUUAUCGCUAGGCUCCAAAGUUGUAACGAAACUUAUUAGCUUCUAAAGCCCUCGAAUGUACAAGUUGAUUGAGACACAAUUGUUUUACAGGUUGACACUUGAUAUGUUAUAUUAUUUAGUAAUAAAUGUAAAUAUUGUCUAGUA